AUGCCUUCGCGCCCCCCUGCUCUGGACAACCCUCCUUCUCGACACCCCAAAGCGGCCGAAUUAUGGACGGUCUGCACACCCAGUCCCCUGGAGUACUACGAGUUCAUGCAUCCUAUCAUCUUCAACGAGAGCAUCCAGGGCCCGCACCAGCAGAGUGAAGUUACAUCGGAAGGAGAGCCGGCAUAUGAUUACCCGCAUUCACCGACUCUUCACUCUGAGGAGAUCUCGCAAUUCCUUCCACUUCUGCCCUACCCCUAUGAUGACGCAAGCGUUGACGAGGCGCAUCCACCGUCGCUCUCUCGUCCUGUCCGAGCUCUAAUCAUCAGCUAUGUCUGGGCUAUUACAUCUACGCCGCCGGCCUUUGUCAUCACCCAGGAGGACAUCCACAUUGCUACCUGCAUCCAAGCUCGUAUGGAGCAGUUUGGUCCGACUGUGGAUGGUUUGCCUUUCGUUGAUAUGAGUGCGGAAGCUUGGGUUAUGGGCGGUCCCUCUCAUAGCUGUCCCCUUCUCCUCAGUCCACCGUGA